AUGGCAACACUUCACUGCAGGGCUGAGGGUCCGCUGGUGGAGUACCGCUGGUCUUGGCCUGACCACCAGGGGGAGAUGUGGAGCCAGGAGCAGACUGGACAGCACUACAACAUAAAAUCCCCAGAGUCAGACAGCUACACCUGUGAGGCCAGGAACCCAGUCAGUGAGAAGACACAGACCUACAACAGCAAUGACUGCCUUGCCACAGGUAAACAAGAGAGAUAGGCGAGAUAUAGAAGGUUUGAGUUUUGUAAAGCCAAUACCAUUCUGUUGGUAUACUAAGUCAAGGUUAAAUAAUGUCCAAGUAUUUUGAUGCUGUUGAUAAAGCAAUAGGAAUUCCUUUGUUUAGUUUCCACUGACCAUGUGACCUGACCUGUUUGUAUCUGUCUGUAUGUGUAUCAGGUAAUCCCUACAUCUACAUUGGUAUUGGUGCAGGUGUCUUGUUGUUGGUUUCUGUUGUGGUUGUUGUUGUGGUCUGGCUCAUCAAGAAGCAUUCCAAAGGUAAGCCCCAGUCUUAAUUAAGUACAGUAAUACCUUAUGACAAGGUUCUUUAGUAUGAGUCUCCUUGAAGUUGUGGUGACAUUGUGUUGAUUCAUUGUGUUCGGUUUAGACUCAUAAUCGACUGAAGAAAAUCUGUCACUUUCCCCGAAGUUGCAUUUCCCUUUCUUUCUAAGCCCUCUAGUAGAUCCAUACCUGCAUACCCAUUGACUUUCCUUCUUUCCCCUCCCUUGUUUUUGUAACUAAUUCUGUGGAUCAAUCAAAAUCUGUCGGCUCCGUUGGUCACACCACAGCUGAUACCUUCCAAUCCGGUCAUGACAUCCCCGGUCGUCUAGAUUUGCGGAGCACAGGGAAUGGCAGCCAUCUUGAAGAGGAUCGAGAGAAGGUGGUGGCAAUCAGCCAAGCAGAGAUUGUGGAAGAGGAGAAUAAACUACUACAAGAUGAAGAACUCACUCUGAGCACAAGUGUAAAUGAUAGGGUCAAUCGGAUCAACCAGACCUCUGGAGAGGGUAAAGGAGAAAAGAAGCCAUUACUGGACAAGGCAGGAUCCACUGAUACAGAUGUUAUUGAGAGUAAUAGCCCUUUCAAACUGAACAACCAGAAUCAGGUUCUGGGUUGGGAGUCCGGAAAGAGACAGAGGGAAGAAAAAGAGCAGAGUGCAGAAUCCAAGCAGAACAUGAACGUUACCUUGGGGACUGUUACGGAGGGUUCUGGCCCAACUGCUCCUUCGAAGCCACCUCGGAGCAGCCUUAACUUUAAUUCACCAUACCCACAGACUCUGGAGACACAGCACAGCAGAGAGCAUCAUGGGGGAGGACCUGACCAAAGCAUGGGUGGUUAUGGCACAGAGAGAGAGGGAGCGGGAGACGGAGAGGGAGAUGGACAACUUAUGUCCCAGAAAGUCCUUGUCUUAGACACAAGGGAGGAGAGCGGAGGAAAGGAGGCGGGGACAAGAGAGGACAGAGAAGAUGAGGAGAAAGAGGAGGUAGUAGGAGAUGAUUUAGUGACAGGGGAGGGAGAGGGGCAAGAAGAGACAGAAAGGAGAGAAGAUGAGGAGAAAGAGGAGGUAGUAGGAGAUGAUUUAGUGACAGAGGAGGGAGAGGGGCAAGAAGAGACUGAUAGGAGAGAUGAUGAGGAGGUAGUAGGAGAUGAUUUAGUGACAGAGGAGGGAGAGGGGCAAGAAGAGACUGAUAGGAGAGAUGAUGGAGGAGAAAGAGAAGGAAAGGAGAGAGAGACUGAAGAGAAUGAAGAAGAGCAGGAGGAAGGGGAAGGAGAAGAAAGAGGGAAGAAAGAAGAGGAAACACAGAAAGGAGGGAAGAGAGAGGAAGGAAAGAGCCCAACUUCUCCCAAACAAACACUCCCCCGCAAAGCCCCCCGACCACCUCUCGCCCCAAAACCAUCAUCUAUAAGACGCUCUCAUGGCUGUCAGAUGGGUGGAGAACAAGGAAGAGUAGUGAAAAUGAUGGAAACCCAGAGGAGCAGUGGUCAGGUAGACAGAGAGGGACGAACACCUGGCCUAUCAGGUCUGAGGAGACCCACUAGCUCAGUGUCAGACAGUACAGACACUCCUGACAGAAGCAGUCCAGGAUUGUCAGCUGUUCCUAUAGCCACAGCAUUUAGUCCACAGGCGGGCAGUGGUACUCUAUCCAAUCCAGGAAAGUCCAAUCUAGGUGCACCCUCCGGACCAGUAGACACCAGUUCAGAUACAGCAUGUACAGCCAUAGAGAGUAGCACAGAUACCCUGUCUACUUCAUAGAGAAGUAUAGGUACAGUGGGGAAAAAAAGUAUUUAGUCAGCCACCAAUUGUGCAAGUUCUCCCACUUAAAAAGAUGAGAGAGGCCUGUAAUUUUCAUCAUAGGUACACGUCAACUAUGACAGACAAAAUGAGAAAAAAAAAUCCAGAAAAUCACAUUGUAGGAUUUUUAAUGAAUUUAUUUGCAAAUUAUGGUGGAAAAUAAGUAUUUGGUCAAUAACAAAACUUUCUCAAUACUUUGUUAUAUACCCUUUGUUGGCAAUGACACAGGUCAAACAUUUUCUGUAAGUCUUCACACACUUGCUGGUAUUUUGGCCCAUUCCUCCAUGCAGAUCUCCUCUAGAGCAGUGAUGUUUUGGGGCUGUCGCUGGGCAACACGGACUUUCAACUCCCUCCAAAGAUUUUCUAUGGGGUUGAGAUCUGGAGACUGGCUAGGCCACUCCAGGACCUUGAAAUGCUUCUUACGAAGCCACUCCUUCGUUGCCCGGGCGGUGUGUUUUGGAUCAUUGUCAUGCUGAAAGACCCAGCCACGUUUCAUCUUCAAUGCCCUUGCUGAUGGAAGGAGGUUUUCACUCAAAAUCUCACGAUACAUGGCCCCAUUCAUUCUUUCCUUUACACAGAUCAGUCGUCCUGGUCCCUUUGCAGAAAAACAGCCCCAAAGCAUGAUGUUUCCACCCCCAUGCUUCACAGUAGGUAUGGUGUUCUUUGGAUGCAACUCAGCAUUCUUUGUCCUCCAAACACGACGAGUUGAGUUUUUACCAAAAAGUUCUAUUUUGGUUUCAUCUGACCAUAUGACAUUCUCCCAAUCCUCUUCUGGAUCAUCCAAAUGCACUCUAGCAAACUUCAGACGGGCCUGGACAUGUACUGGCUUAAGCAGGGGGACACGUCUGUCACUGCAGGAUUUGAGUCCCUGGCGGCGUAGUGUGUUACUGAUGGUAGGCUUUGUUACUUUGGUCCCAGCUCUCUGCAGGUCAUUCACUAGGUCCCCCCGUGUGGUUCUGGGAUUUUUGCUCACCGUUCUUGUGAUCAUUUUGACCCCACGGGGUGAGAUCUUGCGUGGAGCCCCAGAUCAAGGGAGAUUAUCAGUGGUCUUGUAUGUCUUCCAUUUCCUAAUAAUUGCUCCCACAGUUGAUUUCUUCAAACCAAGCUGCUUACCUAUUGCAGAUUCAGUCUUCCCAGCCUGGUGCAGGUCUACAAUUUUGUUUCUGGUGUCCUUUGACAGCUCUUUGGUCUUGGCCAUAGUGGAGUUUGGAGUGUGACUGUUUGAGGUUGUGGACAGGUGUCUUUUAUACUGAUAACAAGUUCAAACAGGUGCCAUUAAUACAGGUAACGAGUGGAGGACAGAGGAGCCUCUUAAAGAAGAAGUUACAGGUCUGUGAGAGCCAGAAAUCUUGCUUGUUUGUAGGUGACCAAAUACUUUUUUCCACCAUAAUUUGCAAAUAAAUACAUUAAAAAUCCUACAAUGUGAUUUUCUGGAUUCUUUUUUCUCAAUUUGUCUGUCAUAGUUGACGUGUACCUAUGAUGAAAAUUACAGGCCUCUCUCAUCUUUUUAAGUGGGAGAACUUGCACAAUUGGUGGCUGACUAAAUACUUUUUUCCCCCACUGUAAAUCCUCUGGACCAGUAGACACUAGCUCAGAUACAGCAUGUACAGCCAUAGAGAGUAGCUCAGAUACUCUGUCCACUACAGAGGAAGGUAUACCAACAGAUACCAGUAACUACAGCCUCUGUACCAGGUGAAACCAGCUGAAAAGCACUUGUGAAAUAGUUUAACAAAAAGUUAGGCUCUAUACGGGAUGCUUUUUUCUUGUAUUUAGAGGAAAUAAAGAGAGAGAGAGAGAGUGUGUGUGGUGUGGUGUGUGUGACAGUGUGUGUCAGUGUGUGAGUGUGUGUACAAUUGUGUGCGUCUGUGUAAGGAUGUGUGUACAGUGGGUGCAGUGUUUGUGUGUGUACAGUGGGGUGUACAGUUGUGUGGUGUGUGUACAGUGUGUGUUCAGUGUGUGUACAGUGUGUUCAGUGCGGUACAAUGUGUGUGCAGUCUGUGUACAGUCUGUGGUGUGUGCAGUGUUUGUGUGUGUACAGUGUACAGUGUGUGUACAGUGUGUGUACUGUGUGUGUGUGUGUGUGUGUGUGCAGUGUUGUGUGUGCAGUGUGUGUUCAGUGUGUGUACAGGUGUGUGUUCAGUGCGUGUACAAUGUGUGUGCAGCCUGUGUACAGUCUGUGUGUGUACAGUGUACAGUGUGUGUAUGGGUGUGUGUACAGUGUCCUCUGUAGCUCAAUUGGUAGAGCAUGGCGCUUGUAACGCCAGGGUAGUGGGUUCAAUCCCCGGGACCACCCAUACGUAAAUAUGUAUGCAUUCGGAUAAAAGCGUCUGCUAAAUGGCAUUAUUAUUAUUAUUAUUAUUAUUAUUAUUAUGUGUGUGUCACCACGUGUCCUCUGUGUGACGUACUCCUCCAUUAAUGACAUAAUGUCAAAGUUCAAACUUCCAGGAUUUACAUUUAGUACCACCAGCCAUCCAACAGCUGUCACUAAGCUAACAGAGAGAUAACAGUUUAGAACACAAACACAUUGUAAAGAAUAAGUGUGUCUGCGUGUGCGUGCAUGUGUGUGUGAAAUAUCCCUGAAUAUCCAUCCACUGUUGCAUAACAUACUCCACCAUUUCCAUCCACAGACCCAGUAUCACAACUUGAAGUCACCUGUGAAUUGAACGGUACCAUGGCAACACUUCACUGCAGGGCUGAGGGUCCGCUGGUGGAGUACCGCUGGUCUUGGCCUGACCACCAGGGGGAGAUGUGGAGCCAGGAGCAGACUGGACAGCACUACAACAUAAAAUCCCCAGAGUCAGACAGCUACACCUGUGAGGCAAGGAACCCAGUCAGUGAGAAGACACAGACCUACAACAGCAAUGACUGCCUUGCCACAGGUAAACAAGAGAGAUAGGCGAGAUAUAGAAGGUUUGAGUUUUGUAAAGCCAAUACCAUUCUGUUGGUAUACUAAGUCAAGGUUAAAUAAUGUCCAAGUAUUUUGAUGCUGUUGAUAAAGCAAUAGGAAUUCCUUUGUUUAGUUUCCACUGACCAUGUGACCUGACCUGUUUGUAUCUGUCUGUAUGUGUAUUAGGUCAUCCCUACAUCUACAUUGGUAUUGGUGCAGGUGUCUUGUUGGUUUCUGUUGUGGUUGUUGUUGUGGUCUGGCUCAUCAAGAAGCAUUCCAAAGGUAAGCCCCAGUCUUAAUUAAGUACAGUAAUACCUUAUGACAAGGUUCUUUAGUAUGAGUCUCCUUGAAGUUGUGGUGACAUUGUGUUGAUUCAUUGUGUUCGGUUUAGACUCCUAAUCGACUGAAGAAAAUCUGUCACUUUCCCCGAAGUUGCAUUUCCCUUUCUUUCUAAGCCCUCUAGUAGAUCCAUACCUGCAUGCCCAUUGACUUUCCUUCUUUCCCCUCCCUUGUUUUUGUAACUAAUUCUGUGGAUCAAUCAAAAUCUGUCGGCUCCGUUGGUCACACCACAGCUGAUACCUUCCAAUCCGGUCAUGACAUCCCCGGUCGUCUAGAUUUGCGGAGCACAGGGAAUGGCAGCCAUCUUGAAGAGGAUCGAGAGAAGGUGGUGGCAAUCAGCCAAGCAGAGAUUGUGGAAGAGGAGAAUAAACUACUACAAGAUGAAGAACUCACUCUGAGCACAAGUGUAAAUGAUAGGGUCAAUCGGAUCAACCAGACCUCUGGAGAGGGUAAAGGAGAAAAGAAGCCAUUACUGGACAAGGCAGGAUCCACUGAUACAGAUGUUAUUGAGAGUAAUAGCCCUUUCAAACUGAACAACCAGAAUCAGGUUCUGGGUUGGGAGUCCGGAAAGAGACAGAGGGAAGAAAAAGAGCAGAGUGCAGAAUCCAAGCAGAACAUGAACGUUACCUUGGGGACUGUUACGGAGGGUUCUGGCCCAACUGCUCCUUCGAAGCCACCUCGGAGCAGCCUUAACUUUAAUUCACCAUACCCACAGACUCUGGAGACACAGCACAGCAGAGAGCAUCAUGGGGGAGGACCUGACCAAAGCAUGGGUGGUUAUGGCACAGAGAGAGAGGGAGCGGGAGACGGAGAGGGAGAUGGACAACUUAUGUCCCAGAAAGUCCUUGUCUUAGACACAAGGGAGGAGAGCGGAGGAAAGGAGGCGGGGACAAGAGAGGACAGAGAAGAUGAGGAGAAAGAGGAGGUAGUAGGAGAUGAUUUAGUGACAGGGGAGGGAGAGGGGCAAGAAGAGACAGAAAGGAGAGAAGAUGAGGAGAAAGAGGAGGUAGUAGGAGAUGAUUUAGUGACAGAGGAGGGAGAGGGGCAAGAAGAGACUGAUAGGAGAGAUGAUGAGGAGGUAGUAGGAGAUGAUUUAGUGACAGAGGAGGGAGAGGGGCAAGAAGAGACUGAUAGGAGAGAUGAUGGAGGAGAAAGAGAAGGAAAGGAGAGAGAGACUGAAGAGAAUGAAGAAGAGCAGGAGGAAGGGGAAGGAGAAGAAAGAGGGAAGAAAGAAGAGGAAACACAGAAAGGAGGGAAGAGAGAGGAAGGAAAGAGCCCAACUUCUCCCAAACAAACACUCCCCCGCAAAGCCCCCCGACCACCUCUCGCCCCAAAACCAUCAUCUAUAAGACGCUCUCAUGGCUGUCAGAUGGGUGGAGAACAAGGAAGAGUAGUGAAAAUGAUGGAAACCCAGAGGAGCAGUGGUCAGGUAGACAGAGAGGGACGAACACCUGGCCUAUCAGGUCUGAGGAGACCCACUAGCUCAGUGUCAGACAGUACAGACACUCCUGACAGAAGCAGUCCAGGAUUGUCAGCUGUUCCUAUAGCCACAGCAUUUAGUCCACAGGCGGGCAGUGGUACUCUAUCCAAUCCAGGAAAGUCCAAUCUAGGUGCACCCUCCGGACCAGUAGACACCAGUUCAGAUACAGCAUGUACAGCCAUAGAGAGUAGCACAGAUACCCUGUCUACUUCAUAGAGAAGUAUAGGUACAGUGGGGAAAAAAAGUAUUUAGUCAGCCACCAAUUGUGCAAGUUCUCCCACUUAAAAAGAUGAGAGAGGCCUGUAAUUUUCAUCAUAGGUACACGUCAACUAUGACAGACAAAAUGAGAAAAAAAAAUCCAGAAAAUCACAUUGUAGGAUUUUUAAUGAAUUUAUUUGCAAAUUAUGGUGGAAAAUAAGUAUUUGGUCAAUAACAAAACUUUCUCAAUACUUUGUUAUAUACCCUUUGUUGGCAAUGACACAGGUCAAACAUUUUCUGUAAGUCUUCACACACUUGCUGGUAUUUUGGCCCAUUCCUCCAUGCAGAUCUCCUCUAGAGCAGUGAUGUUUUGGGGCUGUCGCUGGGCAACACGGACUUUCAACUCCCUCCAAAGAUUUUCUAUGGGGUUGAGAUCUGGAGACUGGCUAGGCCACUCCAGGACCUUGAAAUGCUUCUUACGAAGCCACUCCUUCGUUGCCCGGGCGGUGUGUUUUGGAUCAUUGUCAUGCUGAAAGACCCAGCCACGUUUCAUCUUCAAUGCCCUUGCUGAUGGAAGGAGGUUUUCACUCAAAAUCUCACGAUACAUGGCCCCAUUCAUUCUUUCCUUUACACAGAUCAGUCGUCCUGGUCCCUUUGCAGAAAAACAGCCCCAAAGCAUGAUGUUUCCACCCCCAUGCUUCACAGUAGGUAUGGUGUUCUUUGGAUGCAACUCAGCAUUCUUUGUCCUCCAAACACGACGAGUUGAGUUUUUACCAAAAAGUUCUAUUUUGGUUUCAUCUGACCAUAUGACAUUCUCCCAAUCCUCUUCUGGAUCAUCCAAAUGCACUCUAGCAAACUUCAGACGGGCCUGGACAUGUACUGGCUUAAGCAGGGGGACACGUCUGUCACUGCAGGAUUUGAGUCCCUGGCGGCGUAGUGUGUUACUGAUGGUAGGCUUUGUUACUUUGGUCCCAGCUCUCUGCAGGUCAUUCACUAGGUCCCCCCGUGUGGUUCUGGGAUUUUUGCUCACCGUUCUUGUGAUCAUUUUGACCCCACGGGGUGAGAUCUUGCGUGGAGCCCCAGAUCAAGGGAGAUUAUCAGUGGUCUUGUAUGUCUUCCAUUUCCUAAUAAUUGCUCCCACAGUUGAUUUCUUCAAACCAAGCUGCUUACCUAUUGCAGAUUCAGUCUUCCCAGCCUGGUGCAGGUCUACAAUUUUGUUUCUGGUGUCCUUUGACAGCUCUUUGGUCUUGGCCAUAGUGGAGUUUGGAGUGUGACUGUUUGAGGUUGUGGACAGGUGUCUUUUAUACUGAUAACAAGUUCAAACAGGUGCCAUUAAUACAGGUAACGAGUGGAGGACAGAGGAGCCUCUUAAAGAAGAAGUUACAGGUCUGUGAGAGCCAGAAAUCUUGCUUGUUUGUAGGUGACCAAAUACUUUUUUUCCACCAUAAUUUGCAAAUAAAUACAUUAAAAAUCCUACAAUGUGAUUUUCUGGAUUCUUUUUUCUCAAUUUGUCUGUCAUAGUUGACGUGUACCUAUGAUGAAAAUUACAGGCCUCUCUCAUCUUUUUAAGUGGGAGAACUUGCACAAUUGGUGGCUGACUAAAUACUUUUUUCCCCCACUGUAAAUCCUCUGGACCAGUAGACACUAGCUCAGAUACAGCAUGUACAGCCAUAGAGAGUAGCUCAGAUACUCUGUCCACUACAGAGGAAGGUAUACCAACAGAUACCAGUAAAGCUACAGCCUCUGUACCAGGUGAAACCAGCUGAAAAGCACUUGUUGAAAUAG